GAACGAUGCGUUUUGAAGGGACAAUUGUUCUAGAAAGUAAAAAGCGAAGGCGUCUGUUGGCUCCUCUUCCAAGCAACUUUCUACGCUCGUCUUUUUUUUGUUCUUCUGCUGUGUAAUUCUUUAUCCCUGCACUGAGAUUGGACCCAACAAUGGCUUGCUUACACGACCACAGCUGUGAAGAUCACGAUUGUGCCGCUGAUUGGUCUCUCUACAAACAUAUAGACCUCUCUAAGGUAUCUGCUUUAAAUGAGGCUGUGCCAGGAAGUGUUAAGUCAGUUUUUAAAGCUUGGGAGCAGCGUUUGAAUUCUUCAGAGGGACAUUUAGAAAGCAAUGAUGGCGACCCUGAAUUACUUGUUUUCAUCCCGUUUACAUCAGAUGUUAAGAUCAAAAGUAUUUCAGUUGUUGGUGGUGCUGAUGGAACAAGUCCUUGCAAGAUGAGAGCGUUCAUUAAUCGAGAUGGGAUUGAUUUUUCAGAUGCUCAAAGUAUGCAACCUAUUCAGGAGUGGGAUUUGGCUGAGAAUUUGCAAGGAAUGCUAGAAUACCAGACACGGUAUUCUAGAUUUCAAGGUGUUGCAAGUCUCACUUUGCACUUCCCUGAGAACUUUGGUGCUGAGACAACUCAGAUACGCUAUAUUGGGUUGAAGGGUGAAGCCACCCAGUUGAAGCGGGAUGUUGUUGCAACAAUCGUGUAUGAAAUUACUCCAAAUCCUUCUGAUCACAAGACAAAGGCUGACAGUGGAGCUGGCUUCUCCCAUGUGGAAUGAAGAACACAUUCACCCUCUGCUGCUUCUCCAAAACCCACAGUAACAAGCUAACUCAGUGUUCUACUUUGCCAACUCCAUACUCAAAAGCUUUACUGGAGAUUAGACUUGAAUCUUCCAUUUUCACUUGUUAAAAAGGGACAACAACUUUUAUCAACUUCUCUUGAAUUCUAUAGAGCUUCUUUUGCUUAAGUUUUCCUUA